CAGAUUUUCAUUUUCUCAAUCAUUGAGUCCUCAUUCAAACAUUUCCACACUCAUCAUUUCUAAUUCGCCUUUUUCCUUCCUAACUUCCUCCGACGCAGUUUCUCGCAUUCCAAUCCUCCGCCACCAUGGCGGCCACCGGAGCCUGUCUCUUCUCCGCCGCGCCCUUCCGCCGCGAGCCGCCGUCGAAACCGAGCUCGAACCAGAUCCCGAUCAAGGCUCCGGCUCCGCGCGUCGCCGCGUCGGUGGACCGCAUCACGGCGGCGACGGCGGCGGUGAAGCACGAAGAACGAAGUGGUGUGGCGGAGAACGAAAAUCGGAGGGAAGAGAAGGCAAAGCGACGCAUGAACGGUUGGAAGGAAUAUUUGGAGCAUUCGAAAGGAAUGAUCGAAGCCGACGGUGGACCGCCGCGGUGGUUUUCGCCGUUGGAGUGCGCUUCGCGGUUGGAAAAUUCUCCACUUAUGCUCUCUUUGCCGGGGAUUGAUGGCGUGGGACUUGGACUUAUAUUACAUCAUCAGAAACUGGGAAGGAUUUUUGAUAUAUGGUGCUUGCAUAUUCCAGUCGCGGAUAGAACACCAUUUACAGAUCUUGUGAAAAUAGUUGAGAAAACAGUCAAGUCAGAAUAUGAACACUCACCAAACAGACCCAUAUAUCUUGUUGGAGAAUCUUUAGGAGCAUGCCUUGCGCUGGCUGUUGCAGCACUUAACCCUGAUAUUGAUCUUGUACUAAUUUUGGCGAACCCAGCUACUUCAUUCAGCAGGUCAACCUUGCAACUUCUAACACCAUUAUUGGAAGCCUUGCCCGAUCCACUCUCUCCUGGCUUGCCUGACAUUCUCAGAUUGACAACAGGUGAUUCUCUGAGGUCGGUGUUGCAUAAUGUGGUCCAAGGGCUUCCUCUACGAAAUACAGCUGAAGAGCUAGUGAAGGAUUUUGCUACAUUCUCAUUAUCUCUGCCAGUUCUUGCUGACAUAUUACCAAAAGAAACACUUCUAUGGAAACUAAAGAUGCUCAAGUCGGCUUCGGCUUAUGCCCAUUCACGCCUUUUUGCUAUCAAAGCUCAGACUUUGAUACUUUGCAGUGGAAAUGACCAGUUACUACCCAGUCAACAGGAAGGUGAAAGACUACAAAAGUUACUGCCUAAAUGUGAGCUUCGUAAAUUUGAUGACAGUGGCCAUUUUCUAUUCCUGCAGGAAGGCAGCAUUGACCUAGUAACAAUCAUCAAGGGCACUUCAUACUACCGCCGUGGCAAGUAUCAUGACUAUGGCUUAGAUUUUAUACCGCCAACACUUGAUGAAGCAAAAGAAAUAAUAGAAUCAAACAGUGCUUCCAGUUUGUUUAACCUUGUGGCAAGUGCUGUGAUGCUCUCAACUUUGGAGGAUGGGACAGUUGUAAAAGGCCUUGCUGGAAUUCCUUCAGAGGGGCCUGUUUUGUUUGUAGGGUAUCACAUGCUGAUGGGAUUAGAAAAAAUUCCCCUGGUUUCUCGAAUAUUUUUGGAAAGAAAUAUCCUUCUUCGGGGGAUAGCACAUCCCAUGAUGUUUACGAGAUCUAAAAAUGGAAGAUUGCCAGAUUUAUCUUCUUUUGACAAGUUCAGAGUUAUGGGUGCUGUCCCCGUAGCACCAACUAACCUCUUCAAGCUUUUUUCUUCAAAGUCUCAUGUUCUAUUAUAUCCUGGAGGGAUGCGCGAGGCUCUUCAUAGGAAGGGUGAAGAAUACAAGUUAUUCUGGCCUGAACAAUCUGAGUUUGUCAGGAUGGCAGCAAGAUUUGGAGCCAAAAUUGUACCUUUUGGUGCAGUUGGAGAAGAUGACCUUGGUGAAGUAGUUUUUGAUUAUGAUGACUUGGUGAAGAUUCCUUACUUUAGGUCUGAAAUAGAAAGUCUGACAAAUGAGGCUACGCAGUUGAGGAGUGGUGCUGGUGGUGAGGUAGCAAAUCAACAAGUGCAUAUGCCUUUGAUUUUGCCUAAAGUUCCUGGCCGAUUCUACUAUUAUUUUGGAAAACCAUUGGAAACGGAAGGAAGGGAACAUGAACUGAAAGACAGGAAGAAGUCUCAUGAGCUUUAUUUACAAGUGAAAUCUGAGGUUGAGAGAUGUAUUGCUUAUUUAAAGGUGAAAAGAGAAAAGGACCCCUACAGAGGUAUAGGGCCUCGGCUAUUAUACCAAGCUACACAUGGUUUUGAGUCUGAAGUUCCAACAUUUGAAAUUUGAUUGUUUUUCAUACAGAAAAGGUAAUUUUCUAAUUAGGUUAGAGUCAAACUAUUUUUAUUGCCAGUAGUUUCAGGCAUUGUUUUCUGGCCAAAAGGCAUGAAUAAGCUUCAUUUCUCAUAGAAACAUUGUACAAUUUUUCCAAGAUUAAUCAAUAAGCGAUAAAUGCAAAUGAUAAAUUAUUGGGGAAGGAGAACA